CUGAAAGCUUGUGUACUGAUGGAUACAUCGUUUGUUUGCUUUACCUCUCCCUGACAGUUAAAGCUGUUUGAGGCUUCCUGUAUGUAAUUGCUUUACAACACAUUGGAAGACUGAUACUUUUAAGCCAGAAAAGGUCUCAAGCUGUGAAACGCUUAACGCUAUGGAUGUAAAACGCAUAAAGGAAUACCUUUCUUGGCUAUAUUACCAGUACCUUCUUAUCACAUGCAGCUACGUCCUGGAACCAUGGGAGCAAUCUAUUUUUAACACUGUUCUAUUGACUGUGAUAGCAAUGGUGGUCUACAGCUCCUAUGUCUUCAUCCCAAUCCACAUUCAGUUUGCCAUGGAAUUUUUUGCUCAUAUAUUUGGAGAACAACAGGAAAGUACUGUUGCCCUUCUAAGCUGACUCCCUGUUAAUCUUAACUUUCAGUAUUUUGAAUGCUCACAUUAGCUGCUUUUGAAAAUCAGGAGGAUCUGAGUGCUUUUAAUAUGUUUACUGAACAUUCUAGCUGUUAUGUGGAGGAAAUACACCUUUUGCUUUCAUUAUAUAUUUUAAUAUAGUGAUUUAACUUGCAAAUAGAGAACUCAACUGCACAAAAUGUAUCCUUCUACAAUUCUGUAUAUACUGUGUAUUAAAAUGUAGUGUUUGUUUCUAUAUAUAAAUAUAUUUUUUCUUAUCAUGCCAAAAUACAAUAAUGCAUUUUUGGUCUAAAACGUCAUAAUUUCAUUAUUUUUUCUAUAUAUGGGGUAUAAGGCAUCGUUUAAAUGUGUAUUUAUUCGUGAAACCUUAAGCUCCUUUGUUCAAAAAUUGAGUGACAUUUUAUAAGUUUAAAUCUAUCCUUGAACUAAACUAAUGCAAGUCAUAUAAAUUGGCUACUUUUAAACCUUCCAGUAUGCAAAAAAUGAAGUUUUGUGGUUUAAGUUCCUUGAAUAUUGUUCACUCUUUAUCUUGCUGGACAAGUUUGGAUGCAGUAAUUUGAGUCGCCUUAUGACAGAACAGCCAAUUCCUAACAUUCUUCCUUCAAUAUUUUUGCUGUCUGCUUUUAUAGCUUUGUAUCAAUUCACCAAUGCUUUAUUAUUAAAUAUUUAUUGAGAA